AUGUUUGAUCCACAAAGAUACCAUUACCAACCCACAAUUUCUUUUCCAGUUUCUGAUAAUAUAUCAUUACAACAAAAACCUCACACCACCAACAACAACGUUCGUCAAACAAAAAACAUCAACAAUGAUCCACAUGAAUCUGGUAUGUGUUCUCCUCCUUUAUGGACAACAAAGAGUAGAAGCCUCAACUAUAGAAGUCUUUCUCCUGAAUCGAAGACAGAAGCCAUUGAAAGAGGCCAACGUGAGUUAAUGGAAAUGGUCAAGAACAUGCCAGAGUCAAGCUAUGAACUCACUCUAAAAGAUCUUGUAGAGGAACAACAACAACAACAACAACAUCAUCAUCAUCAUCACCAUGUUGAAGAAAACAACAACGAUAGGGUGGUAAAGCAGAAGAGUUUGAAUAACAAAAAGGCAACCAGAAGAGAAGGGAUGAUGGAUAAGAGAAGUAUCAGUACUGGUAAUAAUAUUGAUAGUGGAGGAUUUUAUCUGAAAAUGGUUUUUCCAAUUUCUUUAGGAUCAUCAAAGAAACAAUAUAAUUACAAGAAGAAUAAAGAGUCAUUGGUUAAUAAUAAUAACAAUAACUCAAAGGUUUCUCCUAGAACAUCAUCCGUUUCUGAUCAUGGAUCUGUUAAUAAUAAAGAUUGGUGGAAGAAGAAGAAGAAUGGUUCAGAAUGUGGAGGUGAAAGUGAUCAUAGCGGUAGCACCAAAAGAUCUGCUAGUAUCAGUAGCAGUUGCAGCAGCAGGAGUAAUACCAGCAGGCAUGAAAUAAGUGGUAGGAGUUGUUGGCCUUUUACACGAAGGUCUGAGAUACUAUCACAGAAGUAA